UCAACCUACAAGCUUAAUUAGUUGUAUGAGCAAUUAAUUUUCCAAUCAGUAGAUUUUCACAAAAUUAUAACCGUAAUUUUAAUGCAUCGAAAUUCGUAUUAAAUUUAGUAUGCUAAUGAUCGUCGUCAUGAAAUGAUUUUUUAAUUUGCAUUUAUAUUUUUGUUUGCCCAAUUUACUUACCGUUAAAAUGAAGAGUUGUUUCAAGUUUAUAAUUUUUUGUGCAAUAAUUGGAGUCAGUUAUGGUUUUGGUAUUUCAAAUCCUUUUGCGAAGAAAGAUAAAUCUGUUACGGAAACGGAAUCAAAUGCAACAACAGCAGGAACUAUUCAACAAAUCAAAGAUUGUUUUGAAGAUUAUGCCGAGUUGGGAUGUUUUGCGAAUAUGGCUCCGUGGUAUUCGGCUUUUAGGCCAUUUCCUAUACCAAUGAGUCCGAAAGAUAUAGAUGCUAAGAUUUACUUGUAUACAAGCAAAUUACCGAACGAACGAUACACCGUCAAGUUAUGGAAAAAUAUUUCCAUCGAGGGAUCAGAUUUCGACCCAAAACGUCCUUACACAGCAUUUAUUACGCAUGGAUUUUCUAGUAACGGUAAUAAAUCCUGGGUGAAUGAUUUGAAAGAUGCAUAUUUGAAAAACAGAGAAGCCAAUGUUUUUAUUGUUGAUUGGGGUAAAGGAGCAAGCGUUUGGAACUAUUUACAAGUCGCUGCGAAUACUCGCGUUGUUGGUGCUGAAUUGAAAAGAUUUGCCAAAUAUCUAGUCGAUGAUUGGCAAUUGGAUCCAGCGCAUAUUCAUUUCAUGGGACAUAGUUUAGGUGCUCAUAUUUCAGCUUAUGCAGCCAAAGGAGUAUCAGGCGUUGGACAAUUAACAGCUUUCGACCCAGCUCAACCGGGAUUCGAAGGAAGCCCAAUGGACGUCCGACUCACCAAAAAUGACGCCAAGUUUGUCGACGUAAUUCAUACCAAUAUUAGACCUGUGAUACCACUAUUAGGGUUUGGUUUAAUUCUUCCAACCGGUCAUAUCGACUAUUACAUGAACGGUGGAGCUUUACAGCCAGGAUGUGUUGCACCCCCUAUUAACGAAGUUAACCUGACAAGUAUACUUGAUUUGGGCAAAAUCUCAGUCGAUGUAAUUUCCAGCUGGGUGGCUUGUUCGCAUGGUAAAUCGUACGAGUACUAUACUGAAGCUUUGCUCAGCGAUAACUGUACAUUUUGGGGACAUUCGACUGGUUACUUUGGCACCGCUGUAGAUAUUGCCACCUUCGGUAAACUUGGUUUGGUUUUGGAAAAAUUUGAUAAAUGCACUUUAGAUAAAUGUAGUCCAAUAGGCUUGGAAGCAGAAACAUAUCCCGCUAGAGGAGCAUUUAGUAUUAGUACCAAUACCAAAAGUCCUUAUUGUGAAAGCAAACCCAAGAUUGAUGAACAAAUGAGAGAAUUACUUCAGAAAAGAUUGCUGCAAGGAGAUAAUGUCGAAACCAAGAACAACACGAAGGGAACUCUUGGAACUUUGAAAGAUUAUUUCAAAUCAUCAUCCUAAACCAAAUUACCAAACACGAGUUGAGAGCAUCAGUAGAAAAUAACGAAACGUUCAUAUUAAGUUGUUAUUUUACAGAACAAAAUGUUAAAACGCAUUUAUAUUAAUUUUAUUUUCUUAUCAACAACUUUCAUAAGUGUUAUUAAAUAAACUGUCUUAUAGGAAA